AUGGUAGAUGUACCCUACCAAGCUGCAAGACUUCGGAAAAGAAUUCAAAAGCGAUAUCCACAAAUUGUAUUCCAUAGUUCAAAGACCAUGAAUAAAGGGACUCUUGUCUACGUCGAUAGUAUGUCGGCAGGUGAUGUUGUUGAUGACUUAAUUGAAAUCCAUACUGAAUCCGAUACUGAAGAUGAAGAUAUUGAUGAAGGCGAUGAUGAAUUGAAUGAUGAUAGCGAGUGUAGUAAAGAAGAACGGAUCAACAGUAAUAAACGAACUCUAACUGGAAAUCGGACUCUUCGCUUCAGCAAUUGUUUCAUGCCGCCUUGGAGGUUAGAAAUCUCAUAA